AUGGCAGAUGGCUCAAGUUCGAGUAUAAGCAUCAAUGUUCUCACUCUUACAUCGUAUACUACCGUCUCACCCACUCCUAUUGUCGUAACAUCCUCAGAGUUUGUGACACCAGCUGACCAGAUUCCCGUCACCUUGACUUCUGCACUGAUCGUUAUUUAUACAGUCUAUCCAGAAAAUGAGUCUCCGAUAAGAGGAACUGCGACUCAAUUUGCAUACCCUACAUACCUUCCAUCAGUUGCUGCAACUCUUGCAACGUUAUCAACCAGCACUACGAGCCUUCCUAUCCCACAGACAACUGAUAGCUCAAACACUGUUGAGACUGGUGGCUCAAGCACUGUCGAAUCUAUUAGCUCAAGCACUAUUGACAAAAGUACUGGGCCAAUGUCAUCUUCCACUCGGUCGAUGAGUUCAACAAGCAAGCCAAGUAUUACACCGACCUCUUCUAAAACAUCAUCGUCGACAGUAGCAGCUAGUACAUCAACAUCAACUCCACCAGGCAAUAAUGCCCGUAAGUCGAUUCCAAUUGUGGCAAUUAUAGUGCCUGCGAUCGUCGGCGCCAUCCUCGCUAUUUCUGCGCUUGGUUUACUGGUAUGGUGGUUACGCCGAAGAAGUUUGAAGAAGAAAAGCAAUAACGCGUCGAACCCCCCGGCAUUAAGACAAGGAAAUGUUUAUGAUGGACAUAACCAAUGCAUAAACACAGGAAAUAGAGUUUCAUGCCAAGCACGCAAUUCAAGACAGGAUCGUGUGAGUGUCUUAGACACAUUGGGCUUGACGGACAAGAAAUUGUGGCCGUCUUGGCCUUUCGGUGACAAGAUGACCUUGGGCACUAGUGCUAUCAAACAAGCGAUGAUGGGAGCUGCAGUACCAGUUUCUUCAACACCAUCACGACCUGUAAGAUCUUAUGAGCAUGAGUUGCAGUUUGUCACCAGUCCUCGGCCAGCUGAACUUCCAGGCGAUCCUAAAUUAUCUGAGAAUGGAGUUCCGACAGUACAACAAUCGCAGAUCGAGAAUGGCACUUCUAUCGCGCCUCCGAUUCCACCAAAGUCUCCAGAUAGAGAUCUCAAGCUAUAUGGAAGAGAUGCCACUGGACAUGCUUCGUCUGGGUCGGAACCUUCAAAUGUUAAAAAGAGCAUUGAUAAUUCCUCAUUGCCACGAUGGUCAAAUUUUGACGGUCAUCUGUCAAACCAAAGUUCUGAUCUUCAUGGAGCAGUCGCAUCCCCUUCUACGCCAACUACAGCAUGGCCACAUGGCAGCAAUUCACAAGUUAUCGCGCCCGCACUCCCCCAGGCUCAGAACGACUCGGCUACAACACCAGCAAAGGCAUGGGUCGAACCGCCAUCACGAUUCUCUACUCCCUCAAACAACUCUACUUCGCCCAAUGCAACUCCAAAUGGCAGCGUUGAUAAUAGUCCAAAGCAAUGGAUCGAACCAACCUCUAAUGCCGCUACUGGAACUAGAAAUCGUGCGUAUAAUGCCAUCCCGCCUUCCCCGGUAGAAGCCGAUACUUUGCGUACUGUCGCAGAACGCGACAACGCCUUGGCAAUGCUCGAGGGUCGUCAAAAAGCCCACGUAACUGCAAGCAUCUCCGGUAUCUUUGGUGGAAAUGAACAACUGAGACUCUAUAACGAAUCCGUGAAGAAAGCUAGAAGAAGAAGUAUUGAAAGAAGGGCAGAGCUCGAAAGCAGGUUUCCGUUUGCGAGAGCACCCGUACCAGGCACGGUUACAGAUGCUACCCAUGACAUCUCUUACACUUCAACAAAUGCAGGAACUUCAAUCCAACGUGUUGACAAUGACAAUGGUUUUGGGGGAUGGAUGUGA